CCUGGGUGACUUUACACCUCUUUGUAGAAUGAUAAUUAAGAUAUUAAUAACUAUUGAAAAGAUUCGGGCAGUUAUAGCAAUUUUUAUAAGAGAAAAAAUAGAAUGGUACAAUCCUGGCUUCACAUCUAUUAAG